GUAUAGCUUUGGGUGGCUUUUCUCCUCCUCAAGCUUCCACUCCCCCUUGUUGAUUGCUGCUGGGAACCCCCCCAGCAGGGCUGUUUGAUGCUUCCGGCGGUGGCGGCCGUGGAGGUGUGGGGGUGCAGGCGGAGUUGUUCGGUCUAUUGUGGACACUGUGGUGGUGAUGGCGACCAAUCCUGGCUCUUCAAAUGGACAUAGAAGGUCACUGAUGUUGUUGCGGGUGAAGUGGAUUAGGGCUGUAAUACUUGUGAACAGCACUAGGCUCUGUUAAUAAUAUCACCUAGUGGUUGGCAAAGAGUUUGUCCUGGUUGUAAGCAUCAUUAAUUCGAAGUUAGUUUCCAGCUGUCACUGCUUCAGGACUGCUACCAUUGGCUGUUGCUGCUGAAGAGAUAAUCACCACCAGAAUCAACUCUAAGAAAAGCACUGGCAGAUGUUUUGGUCUAGCUGAAGGAUAUAACUUGAAUCAACAGAAUCUGUUUGGCAGCAUAUUCAACAUUCUCAAAUUGCAGACUUUUGAAAGGGUUUUUUUCUAGUCAGUUGUAUCACACGUAAUAUUUUCUGGAGAAGUUAUCAUCAAAGCAUGGAGUCUAGGACAUCUAGAGGAGUGAUGGCUCAUCUUUUUCCGUCUCUUGGUCCUGCACUUGUCAUUUCUAUGGGAUACAUAGACCUUGGAAAGUGGUUGGCAGCUGUGGAUGGUGGGGUCCGAUUCGGAAAUGAUCUGGUGUUACUAGUUUUAUUUUUCAACUUAGCUGCCAUUCUUUGCCAGUACCUUGCAACAUGUGUUGGCAUUGUCACCAGAAAGAAUCUUGCACAGAUUUGCAGCGUGGAAUACUCAAGGACAACAUGCAUGAUAUUGGGAGUUCAAUAUCAGCUAUCCAUGAUUACCUCAGACCUGACUAUGAUUUUGGGAGUAGCACAUGGUUUCAACCUUCUUUUCGGUGUGAACAUAUUGGGCAGCAUCUGUUUUGCUGCAGUUGCUUCUGUUUUGUUACCCAUUUUUGUUGAUCUAUUGAAUGAUCGGAAGGCUGAAGCAUUAUACGAAAGCUUAGCUGGUUUUGCUUUGCUGUUGUACGUGCUUGGGGUACUAAUCAGUCAACCAGAAAUUCCUCUUCCAACGAAUGUUACUUUCCCCAAGCUGAGUGGAGAGAAUGCAUACUCACUUAUGGCCCUUCUUGGUGCGAACAUAAUGGCACAUAAUUUUUAUAUCCACUCUUCAAUCGUCCAGCAGCAGAAGAGACUCCCGAAUGUUCCUGUAACUGCCUUACUUCAUGAUCACUUUUUUGCAAUCCUGUUCAUCUUCACUGGCAUAUUUGUGGUUAAUUAUGUGCUGAUGAAUUCGGCCGCAGCUGUUUUUGGCAUUACCGGUAUUGAACUCAAAUUUGAAGAUGUGUCUCUGCUGAUGGAUCAGAUUUUUUGGAUUCCUAUAGCACCUGUUGCAAUAUUUCUUGUCCUUGUAUUCUCAAGUCAGAUUACAGCUUUAACUUGGAAUAUCGAUGGGCAAGAAAUCUUGCAGUAUUUUUUUGGUGCAAACAUCUCUGUUUGGGUUCAGGUUCUGUUAGUUAAAGCUCUUUCUGUCAUUCCAGCACUUUGCUGUGCAAAGUGUGCAGGCACUGAAGGGAUAUUUCAAUUGCUUAUUUUCUGUCAAGUUAUACAGGCUAUGCUUCUUCCAUCUUCCGUAAUUCCCCUUUUCAGAGUAGCAUCGUCACAAUCAAUAAUGGGAGCAUUUAAAAUAUCAUGGUAUCUGGGAAUUGUGGCUUUGUUGGCAUUUUUUGGGAUGCUUGCUUCAAAUGUAAUCUUCAUCACUGAAAUGUUAUUCGGAAAUAGCAGUUGGAUAAAUGACCUUAGGGGAGGUAUGAGUAAUGGUGGAAUUGCCACAUGUGCUGCCUUUCUUCUUGUCGCCUGUGUGUCAAUGUGUUUUAUGCUGUACUUGACAGUUACGCCACUGAAGUCUGCAAGUGAUAAACCAGAGACAGAUAUAGGAAUGUUACAUUCACGAAUGGAUGAGCUUGAACUAUCAAGGGGAAGAAAAGAUGAUGUUCAAGAUAAAAUUGCAACUAAUGAAGAUAUGCUUUCGGUGGAAUCUGCUUUAGAAAUUACCUUGGAGCACCAUGAUGAUAAAUCAUUUUUGGAUUCUAAUAUUGACCAAUCUGAUACAGCUAUUAAUCCUGAUCAUGAUUGCCAUCAACCUACCCAUGAUUCUGUUGCUUCUGAUACUGCUAUUGAUCCUGAUCAUGAUUGCCAUCAACUUACUCAUGAUUCUGUUGCUUCUGAUGCAGCUAUUGAUCCUGAUCAUGACUGCCAUCAACCUACUCAUGGUAUCAGUGCUUCUGAUACCUUUAGUACCGCAAUGUUUCAAAAUGAAGAAUUGAAGUCUGUUAAUGAAAUUGACUUAGAAACUCUGAACAAGACAUCCUCUGCUAGCUUGUUAGAUCCUGGUGUUGUAGAAAGACAAGAAUCUGAUCAAGUGCAGAAAGAUUUGACAUUAAAGGCAGAUAUUUCCAGAGAUAAGGACAAUGAAGAGGUUUUGGUGGCUAAGGAGUCAGUAACCAAAUCAUUGCCACCUUUGACAUCUGAGGAUUCUGGAUCCUUUAAUCCUGUUCAGGUAAAAGUUUCUGAUGGUGGUAUUGGCAAUGAAAGCUCAUCAAAGUCAUCUGGAUUAGGUCGUUCCUCUCGCCGGCAGUUGGCAAUCAUUUUGGAUGAGUUCUGGGGGCACCUUUUUGAUUUCCAUGGGAAACCGACACAAGAAGCCAUUGGGCAAAAGUAUGAUGCUCUAUUGGGUUUAAACUUGAAAACUGUUAGUUCAAUAAAAGUGGAUGUAGGAACAGAGUCUUCGAUUAAUUUCUGCACAGAUGCGGAUAGGGGGGCAAUUUUCUCACCAAAUUCAAUGGAUUAUGGCUCUCCGAAACGAAUGAAUAUGUCUAAGGGAGAGUUAUCAUAUGGGUUUCGGAUGGGAUCCCCAUCUCGGUCUCGCAACAUUCAAAUACUGAACACACGUUCACAAGCCUUGUCUAGCAGACAGCUCGAUUCGAAUGAAAGACCUUAUUCUAGUUUAUACUUGCCACAGUGUUCUGACAAUCAUGAUUAUCAGCCAGCAACAGUACAUGGGUACCAGAUAGCAUCUUAUGUCAAAGAAAUUGGGUCAGGGAGAACUCCUUAUUUGUCAAAUGUGUCACUGGACUCUCCUAAAAUUUCUAAAUCUCCUCCAUCAAUUCCUCCAGGUUUUGAGGACUCAGUUCUGUAUGGUGAUAGGCAAAAUGGGCUAGGUUCGCUUGCAACAUCUAGUCUGCAAAGCCCAAAGAUGCCUCGAGUUCGCAGGGUCCAGGUAGAAGGACCUUAUUUCAACCCUUCUUUAAUUGAACCUAGUGAAAAUGCUGGCUCCUCUUCCUGCACUAAGAAAUAUCAUAGUUCACCAGACAUUUCUGCACUUAUUGCUGCCAGCAGGAACUUGUUAUUGAACGAGGCAAAUUCAGGUGGUCCUAUUGGUCAGCCAUCUUUGGGUAGGAUGAUAUCUCAACAGCAACAUUAUUUGAAUCCUAUCUCCAAGACUGGAGUUUCGUUAGCUUUUGAUGAACUCUAUCAACCCAAACUUCAUAGGGAUGUUCUCCCACUUCAGUCAAAGUUGAACCCAGACACCAGAUCCCUUUGGUCUAGACAACCAUUUGAACAACUGUUUGGCAUGCCAAAUGGAGGUGAAAGUAGAGGGGAUCGAGCAGUUACUGACAAACUAAGUAGUGCUUCGGAAGAGCUUUUAUCAUGUGCAGAUUCAGAACUCAAGUUAUUGCAAUCUCUUCGUUUUUGUAUUACAAAGCUCCUGAAAUUAGAGGGAUCAGAUUGGCUAUUUAGACACAAUGGUGGUUGUGAUGAAGAACUAAUUUGUAAGGUUUCUACAACCGAGAAGUAUAUACACAAAGCAGGUGCAAAUGACAUGAAUCAGUUACACUCUAAUAGACUUCAGUACUUGUCAUCUGAUCAAAGGCUUAGUUCAGUUCAGAGGAAUGAGGAGGCAGAUACCCCUUACUCUCUGUCGUUGCCGAACUGUGGAGAUGGUUGUGUAUGGCAAGCAUCCCUGGUUGUAAGUUUUGGAGUUUGGUGUAUUCAUCGGAUCUUAGAGCUGUCCCAUGUGGAAAGUCGGCCAGAGCUAUGGGGCAAAUACACAUACGUUCUUAACCGCCUUCAGGGAAUUCUUGAUCUUGCAUUUUCCCGACCACGGAAUCCCCUCAGCACCUGUUCCUGUCUUGAACUAGCACCAGAAGGUUCCAACCAGUUGCUGCUAAGCCAACACUCAAAACCAAUCAGGGCACCAUUUACAACUGCGAGUAUGAUACUUGAGAUCAUUAAAGAUGUCGAAAUCGCUGUCUCUGGUCGCAAGGGACGGACAGGCACUGCUGCAGGUGAUGUUGCAUUCCCGAAGGGGAAGGAGAACCUGGCAUCUGUGUUGAAGCGCUAUAAGCGGCGGCUCUCUAACAGGAACACAUGAAGGUUCUUCGUCUCGCUAGAUCCAAACGACCUCUUCUGUUUUAUAGCAUAAUUACUAAUGCUUUUGGUGUCUCUGAAUCAUGGGUUUUUUCGUUGAGAAAACGUUUCCAGGAUUCAGAGUUUCUUGCUUUUUGUCCCUCUAAAUUUCCCUUUUGAUGUAUGUUUUUGGAUUUUUAAUCGGCAGAGUUUAUGCAUAUAGAUGCUGGGAACUGCUGUAUUUUCAUGAUCUUUGUCCUAACUUUUCUAAUCUAAUUUCUUGUCCAUAAUUAUGUUGGAUGAUUAUAUCAAUUGUGUAAUCCCUGCAAUCUUUCAAUCUGCUUACGUUAAUGAAAUUCUCACUUUCUGUCA